AUGGAUCUACCGCAGCAGGCGGACCUCGAAGCUCACUACAAGCCGCUCGGCGACGGCGACCCGUCGACCGCCCUCGCGCCCGGUGGCGCCGUCCCACUCAAGUCGCGGACAGCCAUUACUUUUUUUGUGCUCUCGGUCGUCGCGACCUUUUUCCAGACCGUCGCGCCGCCUCUCAACGCGUCGGUCUUUGGCGCCUACCUCCACGGCGCCGCGCCGACCGUCGCGCAGUUGGCUUCGCUCCAAGCAAUCGCGCGGACGCUGCGCGUGCUCUUCGCCAUCCUCUCGGACGCGACCGAAGUCGGCGGCUACCGGCGCAAGCUCUGGCUGCUCGUGGGCUGGCUCGUCUGCGUCGCCAGCGUCGGGUGCAUCGCCUUCUCGGACUUUGGCGCGCCGUUCUGCGACCCGAAGGACUACCCGAGCUGCUGGAACCCCACGGCCAACACGACAAAAGCGGCGUAUGACUUUACGGCGCCAGGUCGCGUCGCCUGGUACCGGGCGCCGACCCUCUUUGCGAUGCUCGGCGUCGUCGUCGUGCAAGCGAAUCUCGAUGGCGUCCUCGUCGAGAUCGCCCAGCGGGAACCGGUCAGCGUCCGAGGGACGUUUCAGACGAUCACAUACUUCAUCUCGGGCAUUGGCGGUGUCCUUGCGCGCUUCUUCAUGCUCUUUUGCCUCAGCGCCAAGCGCUACGGCGGCGGCUACGACUGGUCCGCAAGCCCCAACGCGCCGUUCUGCAUUGCGUUUGGCCUCGGCCUUCUCGCGAUUCUUCUCACGAUGUGUGUCUUUCGAGACACACACAAUCCCAGCCAGGGCCUUCUCAACUGUCGUUCACUCUGGACGCUGCUGCAGACGCGGGCCGUCUACCAGCUCUUCGCAUUCUGCUUGCUAACGAGCAUCUUCCAAAGCCCGACGGGACCCGCAGUCGUGGCAUGGGUCACCAACCUCGACCUUGCGUGGGCCAAUGUCAUCCCGCGUAUCCCGUACGUGCCCACGAUGAUCAUCACGCUCAAGAAGGGCAUGGGCUGGAACUGGCGCAAGGCCGUCUUCAUCACGACCCUCGGCGGCAUCGGCGUGACAGCGAUCGCCACCUUUUUUGUCAUUUACGACGUCUGCCGCAACGACUACUUUUACAUCAUCGUCAUCGCGCCGGCCUCGAUCGCACUCGGUAUGAACACGCUCAUGCCCGGCUGGGCCAUGGUCGAGGUCGCGACCCUCGGCCACGAAGCCACAACCGCCGCUAUCUUUGCCACCAUCAAGGACCUCGUCGUGCCCAUCACGACCCGCUGGCGCACCUACAUGGCCGAGUCGUUUCCCGCCAAUCUAGCGCUGCUCGAUGACAACCACACACAAAACCAAGUCGGGUACAACUGGAUCGUCUGCCUCAGUAUCCAAGUCAUGGGUCUUGUGUUCAUCGUGCUGCUGCCAACGCAGCGCAAGCCGUUGCUCGAGAUGAAGGCGCGCGGCGAGCUCUCGGUCAUGGCUGCGCUGCUCGUGGUUUUGGUGUACGUUGCUUUGUUUGUGUUUGACUGGCAGCAAAACCUGAAAGACUACUAA